GCCAAAACCGCGAUCACAUUCUCCGUCUGACUCAGAAGAACCCGGCGAAGGACAAUAUAUUGGCAUCAUCGUAGGUCUUCAGGCUUCUGGAAAAGAACAGACAAAAGAGCGAUCCCCUUUAGGCGUGUUAUCUUAUUCAUCUAACUGUCAUCCAUGAGAUUCUUCAGGCUUACCUUCAAGUGCUUCGUCGACUGCUUCUGAAUCCUCACAACGUCCCACUGCGGCGAUUUGUAAAAUUCCAUCUCUUGUCGAGUAUUUUAAUUAAACCUGUUAAAACAACAACUACGAUUUUGUACCAGCAGACGAAGUCCCAAAUCGACCAAAUAAAGAGAGUAAAGAUCUGGAGAACUGCAGCUAUUUGGGGGCAUUAGCUGGCCACGUUAAUUUGAUCUAACACCGGCGCCUGGCUUCAGCAUAGGACUAGCUCAUACAGACCUGACUAUCGGUCAACACACAAAAUCUGUGCUGCUUUUCAAACAGUAUGUCCCCAGAAGUGGAAGAUAACACCAAAGAUGACAUCGGCCUCACCCAGUUGGAGGUUGGCAUACCACCUGAAGACGAGCCCGAAGACGGGUCGGCUCGGGCCCUCGUGCCCGUUCCUGGUGGAGGGACUGCUGGGGGUGCAGAGGAGGGUGGGGGGGUGCUCCCACCCCAGAGCCAGGAUGGCACAACGGUGGUGGUGGCGGCAGGACCCGGCACGGUAGCCGGCUCGGCGCUGCCAGAGGUGGAGAGAGAGACGUGGACUCGUCAGAUGGACUUCAUCAUGUCCUGCGUGGGCUUCGCCGUGGGCCUGGGCAACGUGUGGCGUUUCCCCUACCUCUGCUACAAGAACGGAGGAGGUGUGUUCCUCAUUCCCUACAUGCUGACAGUAUUCAUCGGGGGCAUCCCUGUGUUCUUCCUGGAGAUCGCUCUGGGCCAGUUCAUGAAGCAGGGGGGUGUCUCUGCCUGGAACAUAGCACCCCUCUUCAAAGGUCUGGGCCUGGCGUCCAUGGUGAUCGUGUUCUUCUGCAACACCUACUACAUCAUGAUCCUGGUGUGGGCCCUGUACUUCCUCCUGCACUCCUUCAGCAGCCCCCUGCCCUGGGCCACCUGCGGCCACCCCUGGAACACGCCCAACUGCACGCAGGACUUCCGCCGGGCCUGCUAUGGCCGCAUGGGCAUCGGCACCGGCGACCAAUCGACGGCCUUCAACGGCACGCCCUCCCCCUCCUCCUCCUCCGGCCUCCUCCUCCCGUCUGCGGCCCCCGUGCCGUUCAACCUGUCCGCCGCCCAGCUCCUCUUCAACGGCACCUGCAGCGACGUGGAGGGCAUGCGCUCACCGGUCAUCGAGUUCUGGGAGCGCAAGGUGCUUCGUCUGUCCAGUGGGCUGGAUGAGCCUGGGGACAUCAGCUUCCACAUGGUCUUGUGUCUCAUUGCCACCUGGGUCAUUGUUUACUUCUGCAUAUGGAAGGGAGUCAAGUCCACCGGCAAGGUGGUCUAUUUUACAGCACUUUUCCCCUACGUGGUUUUGGUGGUCCUGUUGGCCCAUGGAAUCACUCUACCAGGGGCCUGGGACGGUAUCGUCUUCUACUUGAAGCCCGACUGGUCCAAACUGUUAGAAGCACAAGUAUGGAUCGACGCAGGCACUCAGAUUUUCUUCUCAUACGCCAUCGGACUGGGUGCUCUGACCGCGCUCGGCAGCUACAAUCGCUUCCACAACAACUGUUACCAGGAUGCAUUUGUGCUGGCUUUCAUCAACAGCGGGACCAGUUUCUUUGCUGGCUUUGUGGUGUUUUCCGUACUGGGCUUCAUGGCUGCAGAACAAGGAGUGGACAUCAGCAAGGUUGCAGAGAGCGGUCCGGGUUUGGCCUUCAUCGCUUAUCCUAAGGCUGUCACCUUGAUGCCCAUGGCUCCAGUCUGGGCAGCGCUUUUCUUCUUCAUGCUGCUCGUGCUGGGACUGGACAGCCAGUUCGUCGGGGUGGAGGGCUUGAUAACAGGCAUCAUAGACAUGCUGCCCCCCAAGUCGGCGCUGGGCUCUGUGCGACGAGAGGUGGUGGUGGCCGUCUGUUGCUUCACCUGCUUCCUCAUCGACAUGUCCAUGGUCACGGAGGGAGGUAUGUAUGUGUUCCAGCUGUUUGACUACUACUCGGCCAGUGGCAUCACCCUCCUGUGGCAGGCCUUCUGGGAGUGUGUGGUGGUGGCCUGGGUGUACGGUGCCGACCGCUUCAUGGACGACGUGGCCCGAAUGAUCGGCUAUCGCCCCCUGCCCUACAUGAAGUGGUGCUGGUCUUACAUCACCCCUCUCGUCUGUGUGGCAGUGUUCCUGUUCCACGUGGUGAACUACAAGCGUCUGACCUACAACACGGCGUACACGUACCCCUGGUGGGGCGAGGCGCUGGGCUGGUGCCUGGCGCUGUCCUCCAUGCUCUGCAUCCCCGUCACCGUCGCCUACAAGCUGCUGCGCUGCAAAGGAUCCUUCCGGGAGCGGUGGCAGCACCUGACCACCCCGGUGUGGGGCCGACACCACAUGGAGUACCUGGCCCCCGAGUCCGAGGCAAAACUGCUGCCCCCUGCAGGCGCCAAGAGCUCGCUGCACUUCGAAAGUGUCAUCUAAACAUCAGCCUCCAACCCAAACAAGCAUCAUGCCCCCAGCCCCCCCACCCCCAGUAUAGUCCCUCUCACAACGCAGAAACCCACAGAGGUCCAUCGGGCGCCAGGAGCAAUCCAAUCAAUCAUCCCCGCCCCACCCCCCCCCCCCCCCUUCCACAGUCCCACAAUGAAGGAAGAAGAAAAGAAAAAAUAAGUAUUGGACCAAAGACCAGAUGGCAGAAGAACUGUCCUCCACAGCCAGACUGUGCGCCAGACGGACAGACAGACAGACAGACAGACAGAGAGAAUCCAACAGGUGUAAUGUCCCUCCUCACGCUCUGCUCUCUCCAGUCACUCUACCUCGCUGCUCUUCAUUCCGCCCGCUCUUUGCACCCCCCGCCUUCUAGUGCCGUCUCGUCCCCGUCUCGUCCUGUGAGUGUUUGACGUGUCGUCGUCCGAUUAUUGCCGCUGCGAUGUGAGCACCCCGCCUCUCGCCUUACAUCCGUUGCCCCCUAGCUCGCCGCCGCCGCCGCCAAAACGACAACAUCAUCCAUCCCGACCCGACAGAGGCCCGCCUGGUGCUGGAUGCAUGUGGAAGAUAAAAGACAAAUUAAACCAUGUAGUCAAACUAAUCCCAUGAAAGACCUAAGUGUUUAACAUUAAAAGUGUGUGUGUGUGUGUGUGUGUGUGUGUGUGUGUGUGUGUGUGUGUGUGUGUGUGUGUGUGUGUGUGUGUGUGUGUGUGUGUGUGUGUGUGUGUGUGUGUGUGUGUGUGUGUGUGUGUGUGUGUGUGUGUGUGUGUGAGGCGUGUAAGGGCUGCAUCUGCAGUGUUUACGUGUGCACCAGUGUUGUACCUUGUGCUUACAACGUGCGUCCGACUGCGUACGUGUUGAUUAAAAGUGGCACGUCUCCUCCUACUGUCCAGUCAAACUGGACUCUGACUCAUCUUUCGUUUUUUUUUUUACCCGUGGCAUUCUUAUCAUUGUAGCUGUACAAAAAAACGAACUCCACUUCUAAAAAAAAAUAUUGAAAAUAUACUCAAGUGUCCCUUUGUAUUGUAGGAGGAUAUGAAUCAUCAGUGUUUAACAAGUCUGUGGGGCGCGGGGGCUGGAGGGGUCUUUCCACAUUGAGAUGAUACAACAUGUCAGGUUGGACUGAGGACAGCAGAGCUAUGACUGUGGCCCAGAAUGAUCCUAUUCCGAGGAAGAAGCAAUAAAUGAUGCGACAUGAUGAGAUGGAAA